GGAGGAGGAGGAGGAGGAGGAGGACGGGUUACACCGGCACCUCACAUCCCAUACUGGAUUUACCGGACUCCACCUGUCGCGAGUGCUGUGUUUUUUCUGGCCGUGUCGUAAGCGAAUGAUAACAGCGCGCUCUGACACAUGACGAGGAGGAAACAACGACCGUAAUUCUGGUGGAUGGUUUUAUCCGCAGUGCCUCAGCCAACCAGCCAACCGGGGAGCAGAAUGUCAAGACAGCAGCAGCACCGGACGCCGUUAAAACUCACCGACAACGUGGUGGAGGUCAAGAGCAAAUUUGAGGCAGAAUAUCGUCGCAUUGCUCUGAAGAGGAACGGUCCGGGUGGCUUUACGGAGUUCUACCGCCUCCUCCAAAACAUCCACCGCAUCCCUGGUGUCGAUGUGCUGCUGGGAUACGCCGACGUCCAAGGAGACCUCCUUCCAAUCAACAAUGACGACAACUUCCACAAAGCUGUCUCGUCAGCCAAUCCGCUGCUCCGCAUUAUCAUAACCAAGAGCGAGGGUGAACAUGUAGUUUUACCCACCGACUCCCUCCAGAGGCGUAAAAAGGGGCUGGGCUUAACCGGCCUGCGCACCAGCGGCUCCGACUCCACCCGCUCAAAGAACAAACCGGGCCUUAUGAUAGGCCUGCCACAGAACUUCAGACAGAUCUCAUCCAUCAUUGAUGUGGACAUCUUACCUGAGACACACCGACGUGUACGACUCCACAAGCACGGCACCCACAAACCGCUAGGCUUCUACAUCCGUGACGGGGUGAGCGUGCGGGUGACAUCACAGGGCGUCGAGAAGGUCCCAGGGGUGUUCAUAUCUCGUCUGGUACGUGGUGGGCUUGCAGAAAGCACAGGGCUGCUGGGAGUGAAUGACGAGAUCCUCGAGGUCAACGGCAUCGAUGUAGCAGGGAAAUCUUUGGAUCAGGUUACAGACAUGAUGGUGGCCAACAGUCACAACCUCAUUGUGACUGUCAAACCGUCCAACCAGAGGAACAACGUGGUGCAUCGUGGGAGUAAAACCUCAAUGGGCAACUCUGGUUCUGUGGGCUCAGCUGGAUCUGCCGGCUCCGCUCUGUCACAUGACUCACCAAGCCCCGCCUCUCAGAGCAACCCCAUUACAGCGAGCAACAGCAUUGCCGAGGGUGACAGUGACGAUGACGAUGACGAUGGCGACCUAAUCCUGGAGAACGACUGCCUGACACCUUACGAGUCCCACCGGGUAACCAACAGUAACAACACUAACCUCAACAGGCCCCUCCCACAAAGCGUCUCAUUGCCCAAUAGCGUUGGAGCAUCCCUGAGUGACAGCUCCGUCUUGAUGUCCAAUCACAACGGAAACCCCGCCCACACAUCUAGUAGCAGUCAAGAGAGCAUGAGAGAGGACGGCAACAUAAUAACACUGUAACCAUGGCAACACUGACAGCUACACUAACAGUCAAGACUAUGGGGGGCUGUAACCAUGACAACCACAGAUGGCUGUGCUCCCGACAGACUCAGCAGCAGCUGAUGGUCCGCAGGACAGACGGCUCAGCCUGACAACAUGUCUGCCACAUGUGGCCGAGGUAACUGUCGGGUUCCACACAAUCAUUUAUUGAUUCAAUGCUAUAAUGUUUUAACUGAUCAAUGUAGACUUAUAGAGAGCAACAAGAUUGAAAAAUAAAUUGAAAUGCUCCUGUAAAAGCCAUAAGUCAGUUUGAUGUCAACAUGUUAAAGAAAUCAUCUCUCUACAAAACUGAAACAUCACUAUAACUGCAGAUGAGCUCACCACAACAAGAACCAUAUCAAGUUCAACUUAAGGGCUCUAUUUUCUUGGCAGCACAACGACCAGUGAAAGCAGCGCUCUGACAGUUUGGCGUUUUCCUGGCUUUGAUAUUCUCACUCUGCUGCCAAUCAACAUCAACAAGAGCAAAUACUUGCAGCAAAUGCACAGCAUUAAUGGAAUUAUCUUGUUGUAAAUGUAAACAACCAGUAGUUGCAUUUAAAUUCAAUUGUAAAAUGAAAGUUUAAUGUGGUUAAAGCAGGAACGUCUGCAUUUAUCUGGAAAUGAAUAUAAGUGAGUGACUUUCUUCUGCAGUAUGUGCUGUCCACAGCUGCUGUAUGAAAAGGUUCUUCUUCAGGUCUUUAAAUCCCUGCAGACGCCUGAAGGCAGCAGGACAUACGUAUGUUUGUUAAAACUGCAGCCUCUGAUUGGAACAGUGCCGCUCAGUGCGCAGCUGUUUCAGAGCUAUGAGGCAGUGACGUGAUUGGCUAAGAGCAUAUUUAUUAAUCAGCACACCCUCAAAUCUAUAUUCCACUUAAACAGCCUGUUUGCACUUUGGCUGCACAUACAUGAAGCAGAGCAGCAGGAGGAGACGCCCCACAGUGUGACCUGCAGCUCUGCACUGGUUGUUGCAUCAGAAUAGCGUCCAAAUUGUAUUAUAAAUCAAUAAACACCAAAAUAUAUUCAAGACGGAUUAAACUGGUUGAAAAUAAGAGAUUUGAUCAUAUUUGCAAUACUUUUUUCCUACUAAAUUAGUUAUAAGAUAUAAUCAAUGUUCAUCUUAUUGGUUUAAUUUAAGGCCUACAUCUUUAUAAAAAAUGUGUAUAAAUAAAAUAAAUUGGACAUUAUGUUCUUGCACACAUUAUUUUAAUAACGUUAGGCUAAGAUAUAGCUUUUACACUCUGGCAUUGCAAAUAUGGAAACCCAAUUGCUGUGAAUCACAUAUAUCAUUAUUCUGAGUUAUAAAAUGAUUUUGUCAACAGUUAUUCAGAUGGAUAGUUUCAGUACACAGUAACUAUUCUUUAUAGUUUUCACACUAAAUGUAAGAAUUAAAGAAGCCGAGACAUCGGCUCCCUCCUCAGCCAAACAAAGACACAAACACAGAUACACACGAACACACUAUGAACCAUCAGGGGUCAACAUAAACAUGUUUGAACCGUCUGAGUGCAGCGUGAGUGUUAAUACACUCUUAUCUGGGUCAUAUAAACCUGUGUGUGUGUGUGAGUGUGUGAGUGUGAGUCCAUGUCUUUGUUGCUGGAGCUCUGGGGGUAUUGCCUUACAGUCAGAAAUGUGGGCUGACUGCUCUUUGUUUUCUGUCCUCCUCUGUCUCACGUUCUGCCUCCAAUGACAGCAACAUAUUUUUGGUAUGAAUGUCAAACUGCAUCGCUGUCACAAUUAUGUUUACAAAAUAAUAUCAGCCACAUGAUGUGCAACAGAAGAUCCUUCUCUCUGUCGACGCGGCUUGCUUACAGCUACAGCUGUAUGCUUUAGUAUAUUAUUCAUUAGAAAUAAAAAUCACAAUAGCCUAAUAGAAAUAUUAAACAGAGCUCCGUAGUCUGCUUGUGACUAGUGUCCUCUGACGGUAUAAAUGCUCUUUCACUAAUCCUGCUCAGAACAGCCCUGAGGAAGCUGGAGGAAACCCCGUUUUUGUUCUAUCUUGAGUGCGAGUCAAGCAAACCUUAGACAUCGAAGACAUUUACUCCACUGAAACAACUAUUAUAGUCACUAGAUGUCAUUUUAUUCAAACAGGUCUGCUGUUGCUCUCACUGAUGGCUGUUUCCUCUAGUUCCAGAAACAAUUUUCCAAUCAGAGCUCUGGAUUACAAAUAUGUACAUCAUCGUCCUCCAUAGCUUUGUCUGUGAAACAUAGUGAUGGGAAAAUGGCAGCAGAAAUGGUCACAAGAACUGCAGAGAAUACAAUCAACAUAUUAGUUUAAUGGUCAGUGAAGCUGUAACAGUGAUCAUCAACUCUCACAGGGAGAAAGAGUUGAGUACCAUGAUGCUCAAAGCUUAGCUGCUCUGCCCUGAACAUGAAACAUGGGGAUGUGUGGAUGACGGGGGUCUAGUGUUGGACACAUUCACAUGAGACAGCUGUCAUUGUUUAAAUCCUACUGGUCACAUAUUUCACAGCUAAAACAUAAAAUGACACAGACUUACAUUAAUUACCAAAUUAAAGGUGUAUUUCUUUGCUUUAUAGCUAAAUAAUUUACAGUCCUCCACAAAUGCAGUCCCUGGACCCAGUGUGUGUGUGUGUGUGUGUGUGUGUGUGUGUGUCCCAGCCUGCUGUGACAUAAUUCAGUUCACAUUACAAUUCAAAUGUAGAUGGAGCUCCCCUGGAGGCCAGAGCUGGCAGAAGUAGAUGUAGCAUCUCCAACAAACCCUGGCUGCUUAUUAUAAUACAAUAUAUAAUAAUAUAUUAUAUAUUAUUAUAAUUUAAAUGAAGCUUUCAGUUUGGAGAUAAAAACCCUCAACGCUAAAGUCAGCAGGUAAAACACACUGUGAUGCUGAACAUGGAUCACUGAGUGAUGAGUCAAUGCUGUCCACUGAUGCUGACCUGGAUAUAUUUAGUCAAAGUUUGAUGUCAACAACUGCACACACACGCAUACACACAUACACACACACACGCAUACACACACACACACGCAUACACACACACACGCAUACACACACACAGUCACUUUUUUAUGUAUGUUACUGUAAUAUGUAAAUGUAAGAUUAUGAAACAAGGGAGAUUUUCAUUACCUGGGAGAAGUUUUUUUUAUGUAAGAACAUUUUAUAAUAUGUGUAAAAUAUGGAGAGUAUUUUUCUUAUUCUUGUACUUUUAAAUUGUAUAUGAGAGGAGACUGGGGACUGAGAUGAACAGUGUGUGUGGAGGCGUUAACAUGCACACAGUGUUCUGUUUGUGUUUAACAGCUUAAUUAAAGAUGAAGGAUGUCCUUUUCACAGACCGGUGUUUCCAAGUUUAGGUUCAACUGAAUUUGUAAUGGAUGCAUGCCUCAAUGUUCAUGUUACUGAUGGAAGUCCUGGAAUGUUCCUCACAAUGAAGUACCAUUGGUCAUUCCAAGGUUCACAUGUUAGAUGCUUAUCAUGGCUUAUAACUUUAUGCAUAAUUGUAUGAAUCAUUUAUCCUUGCUGUUGUAUGAUUGACAUGUUGUGUCCCUAAGCACAGGGAAUAAUGGAGACAAACUGAGCUACUGAUGGUCAAACACUGAGCAACCUAAACAAAACUCAAGUGGAUCACCAAGCAAAGACCACCAGAGGCCUCAGUGUGUGAUGAAGUGUCAAUGUGCACCACCAAUGUACAAUAUCAACUGAAAUGACCAGGGGCUAUCUUUACCUUUCAUAUUUCAGUUGACACUGCUUACAUGGGCUAUAUUAUUUAUUAAAUCUGUGUAAAAGGAUCAGAAGCGAGGGAGGGGGUGGGAGGCUUCAGAUCAUUUGCCCUCGCAGGCUAAUUCAGCCGUGAGUAUAAAGGAGCAGUCCAGUAUUCUGACCCAGUCAGCUGAAGACAUCCACGCAUCAGAUCCAGGACAUGCUUAUCCUAGCUUAGCACAAAGAAGAAAAGCCUAGCUUCUAAACGCUCAUAUUUAUACAUAUUUAAUUUGCUGAGUGAAAAUAGGAUUGUAAAAACAAGAGAUGAUUUGUUCAGGAGCCUGAACAAAGUGCUGUGUUGCCAGGUGCACAAUAGUGAUGAUAUUUGCAAAGUAUAAUCAUGAUGACAAAGUUUCACCUUCAUGGUUCUGAUUUGGAAGCAAUUAAUAGCAAGUUAACUGUCAACAAUGUCCGAUCACCACUCACACCCUCUCCAAACUCUCUGUUCACAAACACAAUACUUCCCACGUACAGUCCUGGGUGCACGCUGCACACACACAGAGUAGUGUUGGGCUGCCCUGCAGUGUUUGAUAAGAAGCUUCCAAGCUGCUAUUCACAUGGGAGUUUUGGGAAGGUGUAUUUAUUUUCCUUUUCGACAGUUCCCCUCUGCUUCCAGUCUUUGUGCUGAGCUAGGCUAAACACAUCCUGGAGCUAUGCAUGCGCUGAGACAUCUGACUCUGGAUAAGAGCACAAGCAGGCAUCUCAAAACAUAAAGGACUCUGAGCUCAUGGCGCUGCGAGGAUCAGUGUGAUACUAGUUACUGUGAAGAAGUACAUGUACCACUGAAGCCCUUCAUGGGAUGCAAAAUGGCACUUAUGAAAGAAAGAUCCAAGUAUGGAGCUCUAGUCAAUAUGACAUCUCACCUCCAAACUACUGCUGGUGUCGGACUGUUCCACUCUGUAUGGAGCCCGCUGAUGAUGAUGACGAUGGAUGCUCGUGUGGUGAAGCAAAAAAUGAGGAUGUCCUCCCCUGACUUUAGGGGCUUUUAGAAAACAAAGGAAGUGCCUUUCUGAGUAGGGAUUCUUGUUUCAUAAGUUCUGUGUGAUGUUCUGUCAGAGGACGGAGCGCAACACAGCUGGUUUCUAUAGAAGUCUGUAACUAAACUGUGAAUGUCAUUUGGAGAUCAAAUAUGAUGAUAAAAAUAAAGUAUUAA